AUGUUUCUACGGAUAUGUGGACAUAAUGAAGUUCAAAGGGAUGUUGGAUUGCGUUUCGGACGAACUCAAGAAACAGUGAAGAGAAAAUUCUUUGAAGUUCUUAACGCGACUGAGUUGCUUGCUUGUGAUUAUAUCAACACUCCAACAAGUGAAGAACUUCUUAGGAUUCCUGAACGGCUUAUAAUGGAUCGAAAAUAUUGGCCAUAUUUUAGUGGAUUUGUUGGAGCAAUGGAUGGAGUUCAUGUAUGUGUUAAAGUCAAGCCAGAAUUGCAAGGAAUGUAUUGGAAUCGACAUGACAGAACUUCAUUCAACAUCAUGGCAAUAUGCGAUUUGAAUAUGUUAUUCACAUAUGUUUGGAAUGGAGCGCCAGGAUCAUGUCACGAUACCGCAGUGCUCAACACGGCACAAGAAAAGGAUUCUGAAUUUCCUUUGCCUCCGGGAGAUAAGUAUUACGUGGUUGAUUCCGGUUAUCCAAAUAAACAGGGUUUUCUUGCUCCUUAUAGAUCUUCAAGAAACACGGUUUUUCGCUAUCAUUUGUCUCAAUUCGAGAAUGGUCCCCCUCCACGGAAUAUGCAAGAACUCUUUAACCGUUGGCAUGCAUCUCUACGUUCAGUUAUUGAGAGGACAUUUGGAGUUUGGAAGAAGAAAUGGAGGAUUCUCUGUGAAUUUCCUAGAUAUAAUAUGAAGCAAUUUAUACCGGCAAUUGCGGCGACUACUCCAAUGUCCGGUGUUUCAAAUCAUCUCUCCAACGACCUGCGUAGCACGGAAUCGCAUGUAAUGCUGCGAUUGUCACUCCGGAAGCGGAACCAUAAGCAGCGAAAGCGCUCGAAAUCGCAAGGGAAUCGCGUUUCUCAAAAAGGGUCGUUUGAAAUCGCUGUGGAAGGUAUGAUUCUGAGUUGGAAUCACAUAAGGUGUAGAUCGAAAGCGUGA